AUGGCUCCCGAAUCCGUACUCACCCAAGAGCAAAAAGACCACUUCAUGAAAUAUGGCUACAUCCACCUGACGGACUGCUUCUCGCGCGAAAAAGCUGCAGAAUGGACGAAAGACGUCUGGACGCGGCUGGGCUACUCGCCCACCGACAAGUCGACCUGGACGCGCGAGCGCAUCAACAUGCCGUCCCACAGAUCAGAGCACGUCAAGACGUUCGCUCCCAAGGCCUGGGCCGCGAUCUGCGAGCUGCUCGGCGGCGAGGACCGCGUGGAUGAGGAAUCGGCCGUGUGGAACGACGGGCUGAUUGUCAACCUGGGCACGCCUGAAUGGGAAGGGAAAUGGCCGCAUCCGCGCGAGCUGCAGGGAUGGCAUGUCGAUGGCGAUUUCUUUGUCCAUUUUCUCGACUCGCGAGAGCAGGCUUUGCUCGUUAUUCCUCUGUUUACCGACAUCCAGGAGCAUGCGGGCGGGACGAUGAUCUGUCCGGAUGCGAUUGCACAUAUUGCGAAGCAUCUCCACGACCACCCUGAAGGCGUCUCCCCACGCAUGGUCCCCCGGGGCCAGCAACCGCAGCACGAAGGACUCGGCUUCUACAGCGAGAUCGUGCAGAAAUGCAAUGAAUUUUACGAAAUGACCGGCAAAGUAGGCGACGUGAUCCUGCUGCACCCGCUGAUGGUGCACUCGGCAUCGAUCAACAGUCUGCGGAUCCCGCGCAUCAUCACCAACCCGCCCGUGUCGCUGAAGGAGCCGUUCAACUUUGACCGCGAUGAUCCGAGCGAGUACAGCUUCGUCGAGCGGAAAACGCUAAAGGAGCUGGGCGUGGAGCGGUUACGUGGGUGGAAGAUCACCGGCGAGAGGGAACGCGUCGUCCCUGAGAGGUUGAAGGUGCAGGCUGAGAUGAAGAAGCAGGAGCUGGAGAGACUGCAGAAGGCGUUGGAGACUUCAGUCACUGCGUAG